AUGACCCAUGAUGUGCCGACAAAGGUGCUCGUUUCUGGAGCCUCUGGUUUCGUAGCCUUACACACUAUUCAGCAGCUUCUUGAAAUAGGCUACCUAGUGGUUGGAUCUGUGAGAAGCAUAGAAAGAGGCGAAUACGCAAGAAAAGUUACACAUUACUCCACCAAAUUUACCUAUGAGAUAGUGGAGGAAAUAGGCCGAAUGGGCGCCUUUGACGAAUUUGUCAAAAAUCACCAAGAUGCCUCCGUUUUUAUUCAUAUGGCUUCCCCAGGACCUCAUCCAGUCAAUGACAUCGAAAGAGAGCUACUCAUGCCAGCAAUCCACGGUACCAACAACGCCCUUCUGUCUAUUCGAGAUCACGGACCAAACAUAAAAAGAGUGGUUAUCACAUCAUCGUAUGCCGCUAUGGCUUCUGAGGAAAUGGAAAACGAGGCAGGCAGAACUAUAGACGAGACAUCAUGGAACCCCACUUCCUGGGAUAACGCUUUGAAGAGUCCCUCUUUGGGUUAUGCUGGAGCAAAGACAUUUUCCGAAAAGGUCGCCUGGGAUUUUAUUAAUUUCCAGAAUCGCUCGUUUUCCAUCACGACCAUCAACCCAGUUUGCAUUAUAGGUCCGCUGCCGACCGACUUUGUUUCUGAACUAGACAGAUCUGGGGAAAUUAUGAGAGGCUUUUUGACUAUGGAGGAUACCGGACAAAUCAGUGCAUUUGGAGUAGAUGCGAGAGACGUUGCAAAGGCACAUAUCGUGGCUUUUGAAAAGGAAGAGGCCAAAAAUAGAAGGUUGCUUUUGGCAGCUGGUCCAAUCUCUCAACAGGCCAUUUUUGAAGUAAUUCGAUCAAAUCCUGGUUUGUCGGCUCUGCUACCGGCGGGGUGCCCUGGAAUAGAUAGAAGAGAGCAAAGUCGAAAAGCUGGUUUUGAUAAUUCAACGACGAGACUGAUUCUAGGGUUUGAUUUCAUUCCCGUGAAGAAGUCUAUCUUAGAUACUGCUCGGCAGGUGUUUACGGUGACAGAAUGA